AUGCAAAAAAGUCUCAAACUGGUGGCCGUUGGUGAUGGAGCUGUCGGCAAGAGUUGUCUGUUGAUUGCUUGUUCGACCAAUUCCUUUCCCGAAGAUUACAUCCCGACUGUUUUUGAUAAUUAUAGUUCAAAUGUGUUAUGGAAUGGAGAAUGUUAUUCUGUUGGAUUGUGGGAUACAGCUGGGCAGGAGGAUUAUCAUUCUUCUUUUUCGAAGAAUUUCUCACUUUUUGAAGAUCGUUUGAGGCCAUUAUCAUAUCCUGGAACGGAUGUAUUUUUAUUAUGUUUUUCAAUGUCAAAUGCCACUUCCUUAGAAAAUGCACAACACAAAUGGAUUCCAGAAUUGAUUCAUUAUUGUCCAGAUGUACCUAUUGUUUUAGUGGGUUGUAAAUCCGAUCUUGUAUCAAGUUCAACUUCCAGUAGUGACAAUAAUACUCGAUCAGUCUCUAAAGAAAUGGUCGAAGAAUUCAUGAAAAAGAACAACAAGUACAUUUCCAAUGUGAUUGUUACUUCAUCUAAAACCAUGUACAAUAUCAACAAGAUUUGGGAUGUUGCAAUUUCAGCUGCCACAAGUACCUGCCAUACAAAAUCAAAGAAAAACAAAAGAACAGUUAAAAUCAUUGGAGAAAUUGAAGAAACGGAGCCUUCUCCUCCUGUAAUGCCCCCAGCUGGAAAAGCUCCUUGGAUCUACGUGAAAAAUUCUACCUUUGGAGAGGGAUUUAAAAAAUUGUUGAAUCAAGAAUUCUUGGCUGACACUCGUUUUGUUAUUUUUGACACCAAGGAGCAAAUGGAAAGAGAAAUUUGGGCUCAUCAACUCGUACUUAGCUGUGGACCUUCGAAAAUCAUUGAAAACUUUUCGGAUCACAUUUUGAAGGCCAAGCUAGAUCAUUCACUCGAUGAAAUUUGUAAUCAAGUGAAUGCAGGACGUGUCACGGGUUUUGCUUCCAUGACUCUAUCUGAACACAAUGACACACCACAGAGGAAAUAUUUUGUCAUCAAAUUAAGCAACACUGUGUCGUAUGAUUCCUUCUUGUGUCUUUUGGAAGUUAUUUAUUAUGGCCAAUCAGAAACUUUGAAAAGCAAGAGAAAUGAUUCCAAAUUUUUGAAUCAAGUCAAAACAGUUGCUUCCAUCUUUGAAUGUGAAUAUUUGGAAAAUAUGGCAAACAAUUUUCUGGAUGGCCUUGAAGAUGUAUUCAAUGAGAGUUUGGGAACAUUUCUCAAUGACAUGUUAGGUAGUAAGGCAAAACAAAAAUAUUUCGAAAAUAAGGAUCAUGCGGAUGUGUGUUUAAAGCUGAGCAAUGAUCCACAAGAUACAACAAGAGAGAUUUAUGCCCACAAAUUAUUCUUGUCAGUCAAUUGUGAAGUCUUUCGAGCAAUGUUUGAAGGAAAUUUCGUUGAGAAUUCAUUUGAAAUGUCACAAGUCGAUUUGACAAGUGAAAUUGAUGCCUCACAACCUGGUCAAUUAGAAAUGAGAUUCCAUGAAUAUCAAUCUCUCAUUGAAUAUUUAUAUUCUGCUCAUUCCACUAUUGAUGAAAGCAAUGCUAUUGGUUUAAUGUCUCUUUCAAAUCAAUACGGCAUGUCUGGACUCACCUCCAUGUGUGAAAUUUAUAUUUCAAAAAUUAUUGACAAAUCUAUUGCCAAAGGAAUUGAAAAAGCAGAUAUAGACAUUAUUGGAAUUUUAUUAUUGGCUCAAACCUAUGCUGCCAAUCAAUUGGCUCAAUUUUGUUUGCAUUUCAUAGCAACCAAUUAUGAACCAAUGAAGGCAAGAAAAGAAUGGAACUUAUUGACAGGUUUCAAUAAGCAAUAUGUGGAGGAACACAAAUGGCCACCUGAUUCAUACUUUAAACAAGUUGAGAAAUAUCAAUCAGACAUGGAGAAGUAUUUGAAAAAGAAAAAGAAGAAAUUGGAAAAACAAUCUACAACUGAGGAUGAACAAGAAGAAUCGAAUCUGGAAAAAGAUAAAAAGAAUUGCAUGAUUCAAUAA